AUGAUUGGUUCCAGAAUGAGAAUGCUGGCCGCCGCUAGACAAUACCACAUUUCUGCCAAAGACAGCGCUAGCAAAGUGUCCACUUUGGCUGUCAGAGUCCACGGUGGCUCUCGUUACGCAACAAAAGACGGUGUGGCACAUCUGCUGUCGAGGUUCAACUUCCACAACACCGGCAACAAGUCCGCAUUGCGUUUGGUGCGUGAAUCGGAGCUUCUAGGAGGCCGUUUUGGGUCUAAUGUGGACCGUGAGUUCAUCACUUUGAAGGCUACGUUUUUGAAGGAAGAUCUGCCAUAUUACGUCUCUGCUUUGGGUGACGUGGUGUACAAGACGUCUUUCAGACCCCACGAGCUGCCAGAAUCCGUGCUUCCAGCUGCCAAAUACGAUUUGGCUCAGGUUGAAGCCAAUCCUAUCAAGAUCUCCGAAAACUUGUUGUACAGCGCUACGUUCCGUAAUGACCUCGGCAACGCUGUGCUUUACGACGGCGUGCAGAAAGUGACGCUUGACGACAUCAAAGCGUACGCUGACAAGGUGUACACCCGCGACAACAUCGAAAUUUCCGGCCAGGGUGUCAAUGAGGCCGACCUCAAGCGUUUCGUCAACGACUCCUUAUUUGCGUCGUUGCCCCAGGGCACUUCAUUGGCCAAGGAAGCCACGCCUAAGACCUACACUGGUGAGACCCGUCUGAGAUCCAGCGAAGGCGACUCUGUCGCUGCCAUUGCCGUUCCAGUCGCCAAGGCCGAUUUCGCUACCUACGAGGUCUUGGCCACCUACUUGUCGUCUGCUUUGUCGGAUCUAUCGCCAUUGAUCUCCAAAGUGAAGUUCGACUCUUUCUCGAACGCCGGCUUGUUUUCCCUCUAUGUGUCGGGCGCUGACGCUACUGCCGUCUCCAACAACAUCCAAAAAGUUGUUUCGUCGUUGAAGAAGUCCCAUGACAUCUCUGUUGCCAAGGACGCCACUGCGUUGCGUUUGGCUUUGAAAAACGAGACCGAGCCUUUUGUCCAACAAGUUUCCCUAGACAAGGUCAAGGACUUCAAGCUUGGCAAAUUCAGCUAUGCUGCCGUGGGUGACGUGAGCAACUUGCCUUACGCGGACCAAUUGUAA